AUCUCAGAGAAGAACUAGUGGCAGCUUGUCUUGGAUGCUAAUCACCCAUAAGUCCUGUCAAAGAUCUGAGAUUUAUCCCCAUUGCGCAUGUACAAACAACUAGAAAAAGCUGCUGGCCAAGGUCCAGCCAUUAGAGGACAUGGACAUGCCUGAGAAAUCGAGACAAACUCCAGUUCCCAAUGGGAUCCAAAGGAAGUGUUCUUCCAGUGACAAUCGCUGGCUGCAGCCACUGAUAUAAAGGAUGGAUGAAUUUAGGUGAAAUAUCCCAAUGGCAGAAGGCUUUGUGAGAUGAAAGGAGAUGGAGGGACAGAGAGAGACUUUGGUGUAUUUGAAGACAUGACAAGGCAAAUGUUGUUUGCCUUGCUUGACCUGACAGAGAGCCUGUAGGUAGGUAGGUCAAGCAAUGUCAACUGUGAUGAACCCAAAAAUCUCAAAACUGACCCUCAGCUUUUGUUUUGUUUUUUCUUCUCAGUACUUCGGUUCAAUUGUGUUUCGAUUGUGUUAAUCGGGCUGCUGAGGUCUUCAGCCCAUCAGUAGGUUAGUCAAUUCCAAGACUUCCAAUCGGUUUAAUCGACUCCUUUGUAUCCUCCCACACUUCCAGAAUCCAGCGCUGGGAUUGGAUGUUGGCUGCCUGUCAGGAAGAAAGAGCUGCUAUGUAUGUUGAGGCCGAAAACUCCGACAGAACCAGGACACGGACGAUGUUGGAAUAUCUUAACUGGAGGAUUUUAAAGUGUGUUGGGAACUCGGAGCGAUCUGAAAGUAGCCGAGCUUGAGCGGAGCAGCGACACCGGGUCUCCGUGUUCCCGCUGUGGACCGUCGCGGCUGUUCGUCUCUUGCCUGCUGCUCUCACAAACGCGAAGCCGGCGCUGUUUUAAUGAGACUGGAGCUGCCGUGUUUUCGACGCAGCACAGACCGGUGUGAGAUUAAGUCUUUAUUUAGCCCGAAGCAAAAGGAAAGGCUCAGAUGUCGCUGCUGGUAGCCGGGGCUAACAGCCAAGGCUGCUGGGCCACAUAAAUAUCCCGAGAAAAUCCCAACCUGAUGGAGCGAGUGAGCGACGGAGCACGGGCUUAUUUUGCGCCAGAAGGACCGUUAUGACUGAGCUGCAGGCUCAGCUCUCUUUUUAAAAAGCGCCACGGGGUUCAGUGCUGGGUAUUGAUUUGAUCGAGGGCUCAUAAAAGCAGCAUUUGGAGGUUAUCUGCAUCAGUGCUAUGACUCAGCCUGGACAGCAGCUCCUACCCACAUAGAGGUCACUUUACCUCUCUUUCUAUCUGCUUUGGUCCCGAGGAUGCUGGGAAUGUGUCGCGGGCGCCGGAAGUUCCUGGUGGCCUCCCUCGCCCUGCUCUUCAUCCCAGCACUUACGUGGCUUUACCUGUCAGUCGGGAGCUUUCAAGUGAAGCCCCUCCCUCUUUCUCCAUUGGAAGCCCUCUCAUCCACCCCAGUGGGCGGAGCUGGUGAACGGCAGGCCUUAGAGUUGCGGGUUCGGGUGGUGGAAGAAGAGAACCGGGCGCUGCGCCGAGAACUUAGCCGUCCACCUAGGAGCCCGUCUGCACAGCAUCCGAGCAAUAAUCAUCGUGGCAACCAAAGCCGAACACAUUCAGAGGAAGGCACAGGUGACAAUGAGAGCCAGAAAGCUGUUACAGUGGGUAAUAGCUCAGACUGUGUCCGGCACCCAGUGGUGGAUAAGUGUGAGACCAUCCAUGUGGCCAUUGUAUGUGCAGGUUACAACGCAAGUCGAGAUGUGGUGACACUGGUUAAAUCUGUCCUCUUCCACAGGCGGAAUCCCCUUCAUUUCCAUUUCAUCACAGACUCCAUUGCUCAGCAGAUCCUGUCCUCCUUGUUUCAUACAUGGAUGGUUCCUGCUGUCAGGGUGGACUUCUAUGACGCAGAUGAGCUGAAGUCCGAAGUCUCAUGGAUUCCUAACAAACAUUACUCUGGGAUUUAUGGGCUAAUGAAACUGGUACUGACAAAGACCCUGCCAUCAGAUCUACAGAGAGUCAUCGUUCUGGACACAGACAUCACCUUUGCCACUGACAUUGCUGAACUCUGGGCCGUCUUCCACAAGUUCAAAGGUCAGCAAGUUCUAGGUCUGGUAGAGAACCAGAGUGACUGGUAUCUGGGGAACCUGUGGAAGAACCAUCGACCCUGGCCAGCACUGGGCAGAGGCUUUAACACUGGGGUUAUUUUGCUCCUCCUGGAUCGUCUGCGAAAGCUCAGAUGGGAGCAGAUGUGGAGACUGACUGCAGAAAGGGAACUAAUGAGCAUGCUGUCCACUUCCUUGGCAGACCAGGAUAUCUUUAACGCAGUGAUCAAACAAAACCCGUUCCUGGUUCACCAGCUGCCUUGCUUCUGGAACGUCCAGCUGUCUGACCACACCCGUUCCGAAAAGUGCUACAAAGAUGUGUCCGACCUAAAGGUGAUCCACUGGAACUCUCCAAAGAAGUUGCGAGUAAAGAACAAGCAUGUGGAAUUCUUUCGGAAUCUCUAUCUUACCUUUCUGGAGUACGAUGGCAACCUUCUGCGACGAGAGCUGUUCGGCUGUCCCAGUGAGGCUGACCACAACAGUGAGAAUCUCCAGAAGACACUGUCAGAGCUGGAUGAAGAUGAUCCGUGCUAUGAGUUUCGUCGAGAGCGAUUCACUGUCCAUCGAACACACCUCUACUUCCUGCACUAUGAGUAUAAACCCAGCUCUGACAACACAGAUGUCACUCUCGUCGCCCAGCUCUCUAUGGACAGGCUCCAGAUGUUGGAGGCGAUCUGUAAGCACUGGGAAGGCCCCAUCAGCCUCGCCCUGUAUUUGUCAGAUGCUGAAGCCCAGCAGUUCCUCCGCUAUGCUCAGGGCUCUGAGGUGCUGAUGAGUCGGGGGAAUGUCGGUUACCACAUUGUCUACAAGGAGGGUCAGUUCUACCCAGUCAACUUGUUACGAAAUGUGGCCAUGCGACACGUCAACACACCCUACAUGUUCCUAUCAGACAUUGACUUCUUGCCUAUGUACAGCCUCUAUGAGUAUCUCAGGAAGUCUGUGGUGCAGCUGGACAUGGCCAACACCAAGAAAGCUCUAGUGGUUCCCGCCUUUGAGACACUUCGGUAUCGACUGUCAUACCCGAAAUCUAAAGCCGAGCUGCUGUCUCAGCUGGACAUGGGCACACUCUUCACCUUCAGAUAUCAUGUGUGGACUAAAGGCCAUGCACCAACUAACUUUGCCAAAUGGCGGACAGCCACCACUCCCUACAGAGUGCAGUGGGAGGCUGACUUUGAGCCCUAUGUUAUGGUGAGGAGGGACAGUCCUGAGUAUGACCGCCGCUUUGUGGGCUUUGGCUGGAACAAGGUGGCUCACAUUAUGGAGCUGGAUGCACAGGAGUAUGAAUUUGUGGUUCUGCCCAAUGCUUUCAUGAUCCAUAUGCCUCAUGCACCCAGCUUUGACAUCACCAAGUUCCGCUCCAAUAAGCAGUACCGGGUCUGCCUGAAGACCCUGAAGGAGGAGUUCCAACAGAACAUGUCGCGGCGGUACGGUUUUGCCGCCCUUAAGUACAUGACGGCUGAAAACAACAGCUAGCCACCACUGCGGACCCUCGUAGCCCCAACUUUGAACUACUGACAUGCUCCACAGGCUGCACGAGGGGAGCACAGUGUGAACGGAAGCCUGUGUGGGUCCUGGGGAUACUUUGAGACUUUAGUCCCUCAGAACAUUGGACACUGAGUGUGACACUGCAGGAGUUCUUUUGUUCCAACUUUGUCAUCAGUUGUGGAUAAAGGAGAGAAUCCGUGAAGUGUUUCCUUCUCCCAGGAUGUUAAAGCUAUGAAUGAUUGCACAAGGGACUGCUGGGGCUGGGCCCCAGGUGUGUGGGCCUCAAGCUUCAGUUAUGGAAUAUGAUAGACAGCAAACAAAAAUAUUGCCUUGCCAUAUUUCUAAGACCAAUGACAGUGUUAUGGCUAUGUGUAACAUUAUGUGUGUGGGUGUGUGUUUGUAUGUGUAUGUGAAGGUAGAUACAAGUGUGUGUGUGUGUGUGUGUGUGUGUGUGUGUGUGUGUGUGUGUGUGUGUGUGUGUGUGUGUGUGUGUGUGUGUGUGUGUGUGUGUGUGUGUGUGUGUGUGUGUGUGUGUGUGUGUGUGUGUGUGUGUGUGUUCUGCCAGGACAGUGCUUAGCAGGGUGUAGAGCAUUGUGGACUUGAUAGGCUUUCCAAAACUAUGAAUUAACAGGAAGCUGCAGUAUGACUGACAGCACAGCCCCGACUGCAAUGCAACCGAUCUGCAGGCAGCAAGACAAAGAGGUCAACAUGUUGACAGAGAGUUAAAAAAGCUUAUUGUGAUGAGUGAGACACACUCAGAUGCUGAGGGUAGCAGCCAUCUGACCAUCUGCUGCUGCUGAAUUUGUUUCAUGGCUGAUACAGAUCAGAAUAAAUCUUCCUGCUUGUAUGACAAAGAAGCUAAAAGUGUAAUAAUGGCUGGAGGCCAUCCGCUUGGUUAAUAUUCAGGGGAUCUCCACAUCAGCCCUGUAGUGUGUCUUCUGUUUUGGUACGACUACAGAAUGUGACAGCAGAUGGAAGCAUUGUGGCUUAGUUAGCUGCCUCCCAUAACAGAGUGCAGCAACAAGGCCCAACAGUCAGCAUUAUCUAUGAGCAGGUUAAAUGGCUGAUGGGAGGAUUGGAAAUCUGUAAAAAUCUACCAGUUCCAGUUAGGAGAGUCCCAGACACUUUCUUCCUUACACUCGUUCUUUCUCCCUCUGGCCUCUAGUUUGACAGCAGUUCAAUUCAGUUGUUUUUUUUUUUAUAUAGCACCAAAUCACAACAAUAGGUGCCUCAAGGUGCUUUAAUGUAAGGUAAAGACCCUACAAUGAUACUAUAGCAGCCAAAUGAGCCAAUAACACAGUGCCAGUGUGCGCUCUCUUGUUUGUGAGGUGUCACACCAUCAGUUGGUGUAUCGUCAUCUCGUUAUUGGUCUGGUAUGAAUGUUGUGCCACUAAUCUCAUGUUAUCUGGAGAGGCUGUGGACAGACUGGCAGCCAUAGAGUCCUGAUAACAAGUCACUGCUGGGCAUUAAUGUCCUGUAUGAUAUUAUAAAGAAAAACUAAAGUUAGAUACGGGUCUAAAGACAACAGGAACACAAAUCACUGCAGGAAUAAUUUUGUAAUCAAUACAGUGAAACUGAAAGUUUUGACAUGGAUAUUAUGGAAUACUUGAAAAAAAUAUUGAAAAAACAUGAUAAUAUGAUGAUACUGGUCUUGGUCAAAUAGUGCAAAAAAUAUCCUCCUAUGUCUUUUCCAACUCACAUGACUUCAGUGGAAAACAUCAUGAGGUCAGGUGAGGAAAGAAGUAGUGAAGCAGAACCCCGGUAUUUAACCCAGAUUUGCCCCAUGAGUCACAGUGUGAAACGGCUGUGUAAAGGUCAGAGCGCUCCUCCUGUGCACUGCUCACAUGGCUGUAGUCAAAUUAUUUCAUCUUGGCAAUACAGCAAUAACUAAUAUAGUGUAUGAUCCUGGGGUGUCUGUAGCUCAGGAGGUAGAGCAGGUCAUCUACUGAUCACAAGGUUAAUGGUUCGAUCCCUGGCUACAAGUUGCAGGGUCUCUCAAGCAUCCAUCAGUUUGUGAAUGUUAGAUAGGAAGCACUGAAAUGAAAGUGCUUCUGUGAAUGUGGGUGUUGUAUAAAGUGCUCCAGGAGAGUAGAAAAGUGUGACAUAAGAAUCAGUCAAUUUACCUUUUUUUUGUUUGUUGUUGUGUUUUUUUAAUUGAGUCUGCUUUACAAAGCGUUUCACACAGGGAUGAACUUCAUGCAAAGGUCAUUUUAAGAACAGUUCAUUUAUGGAUAUAACAAAUUGUUUAAAAAAUAUAUAUCUUUGACUAGGAUGUAGAUGAUGAUCUGGGUUGCUUGUCAGUCCACUUAUAGGACACCAUCACUGCUUUCCUGUCAUAGGAAAUAAAGGCAGCACUGAACCACGUUUCCUGAAUUCACCCUGAAUAUAAUUAUGACUCACAUUCUUCUGUGCAGCUUCACCCAGCUAGGAAAAGAAAAUCUGAUUAUCUGAGCACAGCUGCUGCCCUUGUGUUUCCUGGUGCCCGCUGUACUUCAGUCAUGAGCGUGGUGGUAAAGCAACCUGUUACCUAAGCAACCAAAAUUGAAUAAAACUAACACAUGCAUUUUAAUCCACGUCAGUCCUUCUUCCUGCAGGUUAAGGGUGUAAAAAUUGUUAACUGAAGGUGCAGUCAGCUGCAGUUAUGGAUCCACUCUUCCACUUUGAGCAGCUGGCGGCACAUCAGCCUCUGUCAGGUCCCAGCCAGGAUCAGAGUGAACGCGUCAUUAGGCAGCAACUUGUCACUUAGUCCUAGUCUCCAAAAAACUCCCUGGACUCUAGCAGAGACACACAAACUUGAUACUGAUGUAAAACUAGAGGCCUCUCUCUCACACACACACAUCACAGUGAUCUCUCACCCUGCACAAGGUCUUGGUGCAGGUUAGUGUGUAUGAGUGUGAAGAAGCUAUCUAAGUGACUGUUGUAUGAUAUCCGGUCUUCAGCUGUGUGAAGUGUAAUCUGUUAGCCUUGCAGGGCUGAGCGGGGCUGCAGUGUGUAAGUAGGACAGUGCUGAUUGAUGCUGCUACCUGAAUAAAAGCAAAGAGUCAAA